GUAACACAUCGCAUGCAACAUACGAUAUCAAUGCAGUGGUGAUAUUUUUUCAAGAACAAUAAAAAUGUUUUUAUGCAUCUAAACACACAGUUUGUUGCAUAAAUAAAUGUUUUUUAUCAAUGCCAUACGAAAUGAAAUGCAAAUAAAUAUGAAGGAUGCACCUAAUAUAUAUAAAUUAAUUAAUGUAAGAAACCUUUUCAAAUACUGAAUAACAGUUUAUUCGUUAGUUAUGGAAAUAGAUAUAUUUCGAUUCAAACGGAAUUCAAGGAAGACUAGAUUCAGUAUUAUUCAGCAUGAAGAUUCAUUGGAAAUUUGUUCAGAACUAAAGGAUACAAGUAGAAUAGGUUAAUAAGAUCCAUCAAAAUGACAUCGUUAUCAGAAAACACAAAAGAUAAAGGUCAAGAAGAUCCAAUCAGAUGUAUAUUUUUUUCAGAAUUUCACCCUGUUGUUGGCCCAAUGAUUACUUGUCAGGUUCCAGAUAACUUUAUUUCAAAGGAUAUUUUUGAUAAUGUUAGUGUUUAUAUCAUACCCAAAGCACAACUGCAGCGAAGUACCAUAACAGUAACAUUGAAGGAUUAUAAAAUCUUAGGAUUUCCUGUGAGAAUCGAUGACAAUAAAUAUGCAAGAAAUGCAUUUUAUUUUAAUUUAUGUUUUGUCUGUGAUGCUCAAGCACGUACCGUUCAUUAUGAACCUGUUGUGAAGAAGAUGUCUGAUUUUCUAAUGGCUCUUGAAGUAGAAAAUUGUUUUUUAUCCGCGUCUGAGGUUAAAACAAGAUUAGCAGAAAUGCUCCAACAAGUAAUGCAGGAUUUAAAUUUGCACAAAAUGUGUACAUUAACGGAAGGAACAAUGACAUCCAAUUUGAAAGUCAUCAAGUUAGCACCCGAGCCGAAGCCAGUUCUUGAUCAUCAGGUACCGAUAUUCUUAGAAGGUCGUGAAGCAUUUCAAAGCGAUCAAUGGGAUUUAACUACUCAACAAGUAUUACCUUACAUAGAUGGAUUUAAUCAUGUUGCACGAAUAGCGGCCGAAGCAGAUGUAGAAAAUAACUUGGUUAAAAGUUGCGUGCAGAACCUUGUCUAUUACGGUGUUGUAACCCUGAUUCCAAUAUUUCAAUACAGUAACGUUUAUGGUGCAACAUCCAAGUUAAAAGAAUUGGCAGAAAACUCAAAGUUACAGGAACGAUGUAUAGCGUAUGCUUCAAAAUUUCCUAGACAACCUGCGUACCUUAGGGAUAUAUAUAGAAUGUAUGCAAGUAUGACGCAUGGUAGCAGUAUGAGGGAUCUCUGUCAACGUCUGAACCCUCAGAAUUUAAGGAUUAACGAAAGACGAUUGGUACAAUUUGGUCUAAUCGAAGGUCUUAUCCGUAGAGUAUAUAAGUAUCCAAUAUAUUUGCCAGGAUCUCCUUGCAACGAGGAAGCAAAGAACAAUCCAAUUUAUAAGUACUUUACAGGUACAUACAGUCUUGACGAGAUUUGUUGCAGCACCGGUCAAUCAGCUGCACAAAUUGAAGAUAUUGUUGAACGUGAUCCAAACGUUGUCAUGUUAUGGAAAUAAUAUUUGAAAGUACAAUUUUUUUCGUCAUUUUGAUAAGCGAAAAAAAAUUUUUUACGGCACGCAGGAUAUAUUGUGUAUAACGAUGUAUGGACAAGUUACAAACGUAUAUUUAUUAUAUUUAUUCGAUAUUAUCGAUCAUUCGUUUUACUUCGUUGAUAUACAUUUCAGGCAUUUUGUUUAUUCUCAUUUCGUUGCAUUUCCUUUCCAUUGCCUCGCGCAAUUUUUUCUUACGCAUCUCAGUUUUUGUACGAAUAGCUAAGCCUUCCUCAAACAUCUUUUGUCUAGCUUCAAUUCGUCCUUUUUCUUUCUCAUUUACCUGAAGAUAUUGCAAUUGAAGAUUAAGUUACUGAAUAAAUACUGAACAGAUUUAAAUGACUAAAACAAACCUGUUUUAGUAUCUCACUCCUAUGAAUUAAA